CGACUUGAAGCAAAAGAUCAUUACAGACUAAGCCAUGUCCGGUAAGAGAGCGUUGAUCGUCUUGGCCCACCAGGAGAAGACCUCAUUUAAUUAUGCCAUGAAGGAUGCAGCUGUGGAAGCUCUGAAGAAGAAGGGCUGGCAGGUCACCGUGUCCGAUCUUUACGCCAUGAAGUUUAAUCCAGUCUUAUCACGAGAUGACAUUAUUGGCGAUCCCCAAGAUCCAGAUGCAUUUAAGUACGGCAUGGAAACCGCGGUGGCUUACAAAGAGGGACGUCUCGCACCAGAUAUUGUUGAAGAGCAGAAAAAGCUUGAAGCUGCUGAUUUGUUGAUCUUUCAGUUUCCUCUCUACUGGUUCGGGCUGCCCGCCCUGAUUAAAGGAUGGACUGAGCGGGUUUUCAGCGUUGGUUUUGCAUACACCCUAACGACACUAUAUUCCAAUGGACCGUUUCGAAAUAAGAAAGCCCUGUUGUCAUUCACCACCGGAGCGUCAGACACAAGUUUCUUAAACAAUGGGUUGAACGGUGACAUCAAUGUGAAUAUAUGGCCAAUGCAGAACGGAAUUCUGAAUUUCUGCGGAUUCCAAGUACUGGAACCACAGAUCUCAUACGCCGUUUCACACAUCCCACACGAAGCCCGCGUCGCCAUGCUUGAAGGCUGGAAGAAGAGGCUGGGAACGAUCUGGGAUGAAAAACCCAUUAAAUUUAUCCCAAUCCAGGACUUUGAUCUGGGUAAUGGGUUCGUACUUAAAAAAGAGGUUGUGGAGGCAAAUUCUGGCCAAAAAUCCGGGAUCACUGUUGGACAACAUUUGGGCAAAGCGAUACCGGCAGAUAGUCAGGUGAAGUCCGGUAACACCAGGCUGUAAAAGACAAGUUGUACUCUCUAAAUCUAUGGCUCAGUUUUUAUUAAAAUCCAUAUUUUAGAGUUA